CCAAAUCUUUCUCCCCUCUCUCUUGUCCAUUGAAGGAUCCAAAGAGAAGAAAGGAAAAGAGAUAACCAGAAGGCCGUUUAUUUUACCCAAUGAGUCGCCAGAUGGGAGAAGAAAGAUGAAAAGAGAGAGACGAACCGUUUCUGUAUUUUAUUGUAUUAGAACUUACUCCCUUCUUCUACUCUUACUAGCUCUGACUGUAAGAGGAGACGAUUCUAACAAUCAAUCCAUUACCAUUCCAAUUGCUUCCGGAACUAAGUCCCUACUUCAUUUCAAUCUACUCACCACUCAUCUCUCUCCCUCUCUUUCUGAUGACGAUGUUGUUUUUCACUUAGCUACUUCUAACUGUUCUAUAUGUACUCCCAGUGGUCGGGUUGCUGGUCAAUUGGAAGGACCCACAGGCUCUCCUCUGUCCCGUUUUUCCAUGCAGCAGCUCAAAGACGAUGGCGUCUACUUCCAGCACUACUUAGAGGCGGGUCUUGACCCCGCCCUCAUCUCGUUAUUCAUAACCACACCCACCAAUCCUUCAAUCAACCAGUCACUUGUCAUUAAUGUCUCGCCAUUUAACGGCAUCAUAGAGUCUCUUGCCGAGCCACGCCUCCUCGUAAGAGAGGACGGGUCAGUUCUAAUUAGUGCCCAACACUUGAGGGUGGGAACAAAUUUCGAGACUCAGACCCCGGAACUGAUGUACAGUAUACAAUCAAUAGCGAGACAUGGAAGUUUGGAAUUAUGGGAAUCUGACUCGUGGACUCCUUUAAGCAAUGGAAGUAGCUUCACCCAAUCUCAAGUGGACACUUUACAAUUAAGAUACAGACAGAGCGGUCCAGUGGUGACAGACCUGGUCACUGACUCUGUUUCUUUGCUUGUCAGUAGCUCUCAACUUGAAGGGCCCGAGGUUUCGCUGAUUAUUUUUAUAAUGUCGUCCUCUUUCUCUUCAUCUCCUUCUUUAUCUGCCAACACGACCUCCUUAUCCGUUCAAGAAGGAGGCUCCAGUCUAUUUAGAAAAGACUCUUUGUUUUUCUCUUUCUCUCCUUCCUCCAUUGAGUCAGGCUCUCUCUCUUAUCCACUCUCUCAUGAUGACUUUGAUAUAUCUCUCACUGUUGCAUCUCUUCCUACAAGAGGGAGCCUCAUCUUAAACAAUGGAAGCUCUGAAUAUACUCUCUCUCUUCACUCUGUUUUUAACUAUCAGGACAUGGUGAGUCAGAAACUGACUUAUGUUCAUGAUGGGUCUGAUACGACUUUUGAUUCCUUAUCAUUUCUGGUCAAUAUCGCAUCUCUUUACUCUGACGCAUUUAACGUAUCAGAAUCAUCAUUUGAUAUUGAUAUUGAUGUUCAUAUAACGCCAGUAAAUGAUAAUGCCCCUUCUCUGAAACAGCUGCGUUACAUAAACCCACUUGAAGGCUCGUACGUCAUUUUGAAUGAGUCGUUUUUUAAGAUCACUGAUCCAGAUCAGCUCCCGUUUGAUUACUUGAUCAGAGUUGACGAGGGAAGUGCCGAGGAUGGUAACGGUCAUUUUGCUGAAGUCAAUAAAGGACUCGAUCAGAAGAUAAGAGAGUUCAAGAUGAGUCAAGUCAUCAGUCAUGAUAUCGUUUAUGUGUAUAGAGAGUUGGAUCCAGCCCACAUACUCUCAUACAAUCAUAGUGUCACCAUAUUUGAUGGACUAUAUACUGUGAAACAGCAACUCAAAGUAUCCGUGAUCCCUCUCUCGAUCUCUGUCUCUACCAAUAUUGCCUCCAACAGCCUCUGUCUACUAACCGCAGACUUACUAUUUUCUACUAAUCCUCCAACCCUCUCCUCUGACCACUUUAUUAUUGACAUCACUCUACCAGAGAGGAUGUCUGAGGUGACUGUGAGCAUCGUGAAGCAGCCUUUAAGAGGAUAUUUACGAGAAAGUGAGAGCCCUACCCUCCUAACGUCAUACUCUUACUCAAGCACCAACAAUAUCAUAUACACUGUUAACGAUACUCUAACUCAGGAAACGAGUGAUAUUUUCCGGCUCCAGUUUUCUCUCGGUCACGGGCGGAGUCAGUUGGUUGACGUGGGCGUGUGUAUAAAACCACUCCCAUACCUCAGCCUUAUGAAUCAAACCUCUUUCACCGUCCUCGCAACGAGCGAGUUUGUUAUCAUGCCCGAUAAUUUAAAUGUGGUUCAAACUCGUUUCAACGUUCCCUAUCAGAUAAGGUAUAGGUUGAAGAGCAUUGAGACAGAUCCUGAAAAACUCAGUCCAGUUUACGGUGAGAUACGUGACGUUAGCACUAACGAAGUGUUAACAGAGUUCACACAGCAUGAUAUAAACUCUCAGAAGGUCAUGUACGUCAGCUUUAAUGAGCAUCCCAUCUCAACAGAAUUUGAGGACAAGAUAUACCUUGAGGUUACUAAUGGCUAUUAUACUUUACCGAAGUUCACUAUUAGCGCCUUUGUCACUCAGAAUGUGCUAAACGUGACAAGGAAAGGGUUUAGGGUGACUGAGGGUGAGGGAGAGCACAUCAUCUCCAAAGAAGAGUUCUACGUCGAGCCACUUGAGGGUUACGAAACCAGCAUAUACAUACUGCAAUAUCCUCAGUUUGGGUCCCUUAUACUCAGAAGGCCCAGUCCUGCUCCUGAAAUUGUAGGCCCUCGACAUUUUAAUCUCCAGGACAUCACGGAAGGAUACCUCAUUUAUGAGUAUGAUGAUAAAAAUGAAGAGCAGCAAGACUUCUUUUAUUUUUAUUUUGUCCUAAGGAACAAGAACAAUUCCGAUUACAAGGACUUUCGUGGUAUCCUAUCGAUCAGCAUUGACCCCAUCAAUGACAACACUCCACACUGUAGCGCCAAUAAUCAAUUCAUAGUGCCAGAAGGAUGCGAGAAACAGAUCACUUCAGAGCACAUUACGUGUUUUGACAGUGACCGUCCUCCUAACGAUAACGAAAUUAAAUUAACUUUGCUUCAUUUUCCACACCUCUUUGGUCAGCUUUGUGUAGGGGAUAGAUGCUCUAAUAGUACAAGCCAUGGCUUUGCUCUUACCUGGGCUGAUAUCUUGUCCGGUAGAUUUACUUUCAGAGCAGGUGACCAAAGUAUACCUGUUUAUGCCUCAUUUAAUGUUAAGGAUGAGCUUCAUCAAGGUAACGUAGUACUUUUUGAAAUUGAUAUUCAAAGUACUGUUGCCCAUCGAAAUGCAACAGGUUCGGUGAGUGUCAUAGAAAACUCUCACUCAUUCAUUGGCUCUAGCGUCAUUUCAUACACCACCGACUGCUCCAAGAGCAUCGCCCCCUCAGAUAUACUCUAUAGUAUCAGCACUCUCCCCAAAUAUGGUCGUGUGUUAAAACAUGGCCUCCCAAUAAACAUUGCUAAUAAUUCAUAUCAUUUCACGCAAGAGGACAUCAAUUCUCAGGGUGUGGUUUACGAGCAAGACGGCUCCAACGUAGAGACUGAUUUCUUCAACGUAUCAGUUCAGAUCCUUAGCUUCAGAGAAGACGAUGUGUUGAUCAGCGUUAACACAACCACCAUUGAUGAUGAUCCACCUACGCUAGACAUCACUCGUGUUUUAUUCGUAGGUAACGGGACUGUAGCUGAUAUACACAGAUCAAUACUUUCAAUGAAAGAUCUUGACACGACCGACCCGUCCAAGCUUGUUUAUCACGUGAUCAGCUCAUCGUCUGGCAAGAUUGAGCUACACAGGCAUGACAGGCAGAAUUACUUGGAAACUGAUUCGUUCACACAGCAAGACAUCAAUGGGAACCUGGUCAGGUAUAAGCAUGAUUUGCUAACGGCUUGGUCUGAUACGAUUGUGCUUUGCGUCUCUGAUGGCAUAAACGAUCAACCAAAUAAUUACACACUUCGUGUCAUCAUAGCGUCCAAUACAAUAAUAGAGACAGUCGUUGAUGGAGCUGCCCUGAUGGAGGGAGGGAAUGUAACAGUGGAUCCGACCAGUGUCACUAUCAAGCACCCGUACUUCUCCACUGCAGCAGGUACUGUCACUGUACUCCAGGGUGUGUCUAGCGGCCAUCUUAAAUUAGAUGGAGAAGAUUGUGGGAGUAACUGCAGUUUCUCACUCGACAAGCUAAGAAAUCAGAAUUUAGUGUACUAUCAUGAUGGAACCGAGACCUUCCACGAUAGUUUUGUCUUUGAGAUACACUGGGAAACCCCUUAUCACACCAACGAGCUAGAAUACUCGUUUGAUAUCCAACCAAUAAAUGACGAACGCCCACACAUUAUUAACAAUACUCUAUUCAAUAUUUAUGUGACGAAAACUAAUCCCCUGAAUGCCUCUUAUCUAGCUUCAGUUGACUCUGACACUCCCCCUCAUUUAUUAUGGUAUAAUUUCAACAUUGAUGUUCGAGAUAGGAGUGAGGGAUACUUUGCUCUUAACGGAACCGAGCAAGAUAGUUUUACUCAAGCGGACAUUGAUAAUGGCUUGGUCUCUUUUGUUGAUAAGCGGAAGUACGAGGGAUUCCCGGUCAGUUUGAAUUUCACAGUCUCUGACGGCUUUCACGUCACAUCUGGAGUUUUUAAAAUCCUUCCAAAAAUAGUGAAAAUCAGAGUAUCGAAUGCUAGUGUAUCAGUUCCAAUGGGUGGGAGUGUGGUCAUCAGUACAGAGUUUCUAUCCGCUAGCACAAAUCAGGAUGAUAAAAUUGAUCCUAAUAGCAUCAGUUAUACACUGGCUGAUCCUAAGUAUGGGAUUAAAUAUGGGAGACUUAGCCUAGUGUCUUCGCCAUUAGCUGAGGUGAUCUCUUUUAAUCAGUCGCAGGUCUCCAAUGGUGAAUUACUGUAUACACACACUGCUGUUGAUGUAUGGGAACCAGCCGAGAGGGUAGCCCUCAUUUUGUAUCACCCACUGGCAUUAGACAUAGAAGAGAUAGUGCUGAUUAUAAAUAUAUCUCUACCAUCGACUCCUAAUACAACACUGGCUGUUAAAAAGGAGCUAAGACUGAGAGAGAAUGAUAUGAUAUGCCUCAACCAAUCUCUUCUUGAUGCUAGGAAUAUUCGCUAUCAAACUUGGAAAAAAAUGAAUCAAAGUACAUCUGAUCCUCCUGGCUUAUAUGACCUAUCUCCUCUCUUUCACGUACUCCACCCUCCCAGCCAUGGUAGCCUGCUACUCAAUGACAGCUCUGACUUUAGCAUGAGGAAUUUCACACAGACAGAGCUUCUAACUGGCAGUGUGUGCUACUCUAAUGGUGGCUCUGAGAAGCACAACGACUCGUUUAUUAUACAAGUACAAGUAGUCGAUUCUCGUGGCACUGUGUAUUUCACCUCACCACCCGAAACUGUUAAUAUUGCAAUUGAGCUGUACAAUGAUGAGCUUCCAUAUCUUAAUGCCUCACUUCAACUUACGAAAUCAAUUGUCGAAGGAUUCCGAUCUCUCAUCACACGCUCUGAUCUUCACGUCAUUGAUGAAGAUAACGAGCCUCAGAGAAUAUAUUAUUCUGUUUCUAAUCUAACGUCCGGUAGCCUCGUCUUGGGAGCAGACUCCAGUACGCCAGUGUUCACUUUUACUCAAGCCGAUAUCAACGCUGGUAGACUGGUGUACGUGCCAGGUGAAGUGGGUGUUGCUUAUUUUAAUUUCAGUUUUGUGGAUGAAGAGGGAACGACGGGUGGUCAAGAGUACAGGUUUACUUUGAAUAUCUCGAGCUUUUCUUUCAACGUAAACUUUAAUGAUCUAGCUAUACUUCAAACUCACACGUUUGCUCUUAUAACCGCCAAUAAUCUAGAGACAGUGACUAACGGGAAUCCUUUAUUGACACGUUUUAAUGUCACUACGCUACCUAGUAAUGGCAAGAUAUUAGUCUCGGAAACAGCUUCAUCUGAAUUCUCGCAGUUGGACGUUGAUGAAGGUCGUGUCAAAUACAGUUUGUUUGAUACCAGUCACUAUAAAGACGUCAUGAGCGUUGAUGCUGUUAAUAAUGACAUUAAAAUAUCGUUCAAUAUCUCUGUGAGUGUUGUGCUAGAUGGCAGUGCUAAUGACGCUGUUCUCAAUUUGACGAAUGCUUCCUCUGUCCUCCUUCCUCACUCUCUCUUUGAUAUUCACCUAAUGAGUUACGACCUUCCAGUGAUAAAGAUAACCUCAGAGUUACAAUAUGGCUACUUCUCUAGAAAAUUGCCUAACAUUGGCAUGGGAAGUAAGAGGAUAACAGAGUUUAACUAUGAGGACCUUAAAUCUAACAGUAUAUAUUAUAACUUUGAGCCUACCUCUUCUAUUAUUGAUAGCAAUGGUGUGUUGUAUGAACAGAUCACUGGUAUUGUAACAGUCAGAGAUCUGUCUCCUGGUGAAUUCCACCUCACAUUAACUUUAAUUCACAAUCAUUUAUCAACAACUACAUCCGUUCCUUCAUCGACUCUAUCACCUACAAACGAACCAGUGGGUACCAAUAGGCCUUCAACAGGAACGAUAGAAGCUGCUUUUUAUAUACCCCUAAGUGCAUUAGUGGUCCUCAUAUUGAUACUAUUGAUUAUAAUUGUUUUAUUCUGUUUCUGUCAGUCAAGGAUCAUUAAGUUGAAGCUUGCUAAAGGCCUAGCAGGAAGUGGAGACGUAGCUAAAGGAGGAUUUCUACCUCCUCACUCGUCUCUGAGUUACAAAGUUGCCGAUCCUCCUUAUUACAGUACAGCGUCACCCCACUUUAGCUCCAGAGGAGGAGGAGAAGGAGAGAUUGAUGAUAUCAGCGAUAGCUUAUCCAACGUGUCAGGUGCCGAUAUUAUGAUGGUACGUCAUCCCAUAUCAUCGAGCCACACCCAUUUACCAUACCAUCAGGAUAUUGGCUAUCAUUCUCACUCUGUCGAUGAGGCCAUAGGUGCCGGAGGUUAUAUGGAUAGCGUGGGCCCUCCUGUUCAAAGGAGACCUCUUGAGACUCCGCCUUUCUUCUCCUCCCCUCAUGCAGACCAGUACUGUAUCGAUUCUGUCCCUCGCUCCCGCUCUCCCCUCAGAAGACCAAGCUCUCUGAGACAAAACCCUCGUCCGUAUUCAUCAAGAAGCAGCCUCGGACGUGUCUCUCCCGUCAAACCGCCUCAUUUCCAUGCCCCGUUGAAUUUCUCCCGCCCUGAGUCAGCCUCCAGUAUGGGCUAUGACAGCAGCUGCAUCACAGAAGACAGACAUUCCCGUCCUUCCUCAGUCAAUACCUCGCUAAGAGUUGAUGAAGUAUGCAACAGCCAAUAUGAGGAUAGUACGAGGUGUACUACUCCAGCAGCAGCUCCAAAUACGAAUGCUAUUGCUCUGAAGGAUCAGCAGUAUUGGGUGUAAGAUCAUGGCCUUCACUGUAUCUCUUUUUUAUUUCUUUCGAACAGAAAUCAAUAUCAGUCUAUUGCAUAUUUGUUGUAUUCUUUUUGUUUUGUGUUGUGUUUUUUAUGUGUACUAAGUAGUUUUGAUGUUAUAGUGCUCUGUCACAUUUUUUGUUAUUUAUCCAUGAUAAUUAUUAUUAUUACAUUAUUCAUUUUUGUCUUUCCAAUAACAACUGUCUCUUUUGUUGUCAUAUCAUUUAUUUCUUUCCCAUUCUACUUCAUCUCUCUCUCAUAUAAUCAACUGUAACAAUUACUUUUCAAAUUUUUUAUUAUCAGUCAAACAAUUAAAUGUUUAUA